AUGACAAUCGCCCCAAAGCCUCCAAUAAACUUUACGCCAAGAACGUAAUUCCAUUCGAAGAGUAACAAUGUAAUCAUUUAAAGUCCAUGUUAAAUCUCUGUAACAGAAUAUGGAUUUUAUUACAAUUAUAAAUUUUGAGUCAUAUUGAGUUUAAAUAUUAAAAUCAUACCUUACGUGUUUACUGUGAAUAUUUCCGUGGUUAUCAAUUUUCAUUGCACUUGAAACACAUGGCACAUAAUUAGAAAUUGAUUGAAUAAUAUUUUUCCCACAUUUGCUGCAUUUAAACAAAGUAGCUAAAGAACUAUAGUGUCCCCUUUUAUUAUUUGGUAUUACUUCAGCAAGAGACACAAUCAACUUACAAAAUAAUUUACUUUGAAUUUUAUCCUUUUUGUCUUUUAAUGCUUCAACGUCUUCAUUUGUAAAUUUUUCUAUCAAUCUGGAGAACAAAUGCUAAUUAAAUGCAAUAUAUUAUAAAUCAAUUAAAAAUAAAUAUAGCAUCUAAAAUAUUUGAAAAUGUGUGAAAGUAAAAUACCUUAUCAAAAGAUUAUCAUCUAAACCAGUUAAAACUGUCGAUGUCUUUAAUAUAUUGGAUAUGUUUUCAUGGCAAUAUUGCAAGCAACUUUCCAAUAACGGUUCCAUUUGUAAAAAUGAUGCAGACACCAUAAUUGGAAUGACAUUAUUGAUUUCUAAAAUUGGCCAUUCAGAUUUUUUUAGAAUAUCUUUUUUUACCCAUCUCAUUAGCCAGUCAAAAAUUGUAAUAUCACAAUGAACUGAUAUAUCUAUUUCCUCUAAUUUUUGUCCUGCUGUUACAUCAGCGAAAUAACGCAUCUUUUGAAUAAGAAGUUUCUGAGGGCAAUGGAAAUUUUUUUUAAUGUUUUUCUCUUCGUCGCAAACAUGAAUUUCCACUUCAUUGCUAUAUAAGCAUACAAUAAACUGUUAUUAAUUCAUUCUAUAAAAAAUUAUUUUUAAAAUCAAUAUUAAAUUUAAUUUCAAUCGAUAUUAGUUACUGAUACUUACUCGGUUGAUCUCUUACUUGAUUUAUUUUUAUCUUUCUCUUUUUCUUUAUGUGUGAUAUUUGUAAUUGCUCUUGUCUCGAUAUUAUUACUUAGUGAAUUACAUUUUUUCACUUCUGUACUUAUAAUAGAUUUUUUAAUGAUAGGCUGCGAAAUAACAGGCUUUGGAACCAUGUAUGGCAAUAUUGAGUCUAAUAAACCUUCGUGUAGUACAUCACUCAAGUUUGUCUUCAUCAAUGAAAUUAAAAAAUUUUCUGUUGUAUUUACAGAUCUCGCAAUGUUUACAUCUUCUAUUUGUAGCGGAUUUUGUACAAUUUGAUUGCAACUUUCAAGAUUAGGCAUUAAAUUCUUAUCGUUGCUACAUAUUUGUUUAUUUUUAAAUUGUAUAUCUGAAGGUAUCGUGCAAUGUAAGGAACAUUUAAUAUCAUUACCGUCUAUAUCAGACAAAGUUUCUUCUACUACAUUACUGUUUUUAUGUUUCUGCAUGACAUUACUGUCGACGUAUUUUUCAUCAGUACUAUUAUAAUUUUGUGUAUCACAGUGUAAAUUAAUUUUUGCUAGUUUGUUCCAAUUAAGCUUGUUUCCUGCGGUCAAUAUUGCAGUUAAACUUUCACAAUUGUCGUUAACCUGAUACGCAAGUUUUAUAAAUUCAAAAAACAUUCCAAUCGUUAACUUUGUUUGACUGCAAUCCUCAAGUUUACAAAGUAUUUCUAAAAAAAUCCAAUGCAUAUAUUCCUUAUUAUUUUGUGUUAAAGUGAUAUGAUGAAUUUGUAAAUGAUAAUUUUUCUCUCAACUACAUUGGCUAAACACAGCUUAGGCAGAUUUAACGUGAAAAUUAGUCAACAAGGAUAAAAUGAAAACUGAUAAAUAUCAAAUACAAUGAUCUGAAGUUAUACAAUAUAUGAAUUAUAUUAGUUUGUAAAUACCUUCUUUGGUUGGUGAACCACACAUUUCUAAUAAUUGGUGUAUAUUCUCUUUUAGAGACAAGUUAGAAAUCUGAUUUAUUUCCAUUUUUUUAAAUAAAUUCAAAUUUACUUUUAAAAUUUAAUUACAAUUUAUCUUUAUAUGUUCAUUGAAUAUUUUUAGUUUACAACUGUAUUCAACAAUUAGUCGUGCAAAUUAGCCAUUUAUGUGUGAAAUUUUCAUUUCAAUCUAAUCCUUAAUUUAAUGAGAUUAUUCGUGUUUCUAACUUUCAAGUUAGAACAGAUCCUUUAAUAAUAUUGACAAAACAAUUUUUUGCAUUUUCGUGUAAAUUUGUUUCUUUUGAGAAUUUACAACGAACAUUUUCAAUAAUUUGAAUUUGAAUACAAUUCAUAAUUAAUUGAUAUGAUAUUUCAAAUUACAUUUGUUUAACGAAUUUAUCGUUAUAAUAAAUUUAUAUAUAUAUAUAUAUAUAUGUGUGUGUGUGUGUGUGUAUGUAUGAUGUAAAUAAUGUUAUUAAAGUAUCACCAAAAAAUAGUUACAUAACUAUAUGCUUGAAAAAUUACAUUGCAAUACAUAUAAAAUUAUACGCGUUAUAAUAAAUAAUUCUUUUAAAAAGUUAAACUAUUUUAAAUUUGCUCGAUGCUAAUUAUUUUUACUAAAUUAGUUAUGUUUUAAUCUAAAAUACUUAUUCUUAAAAUAUAAUUGACUUUGUUCAAAAAUACAAUUUGAAACAUGUACAAGUUUAUAAAAAUGUUUUCCUUUUUACAUUUUUAUUCUACAUGCAGUCAGUAUAACUAGAUGAAAUCUAGGGGAAUGAUCAUUUUCAAAACGCUGUCGUAGUUCCACGAAUUUGUAAUACCAUUCAUUAUCGCGUUAUGAGUUAAUAAGUUUGAUAAGUUUGAUAAGCGCUGCAGAAACUUAGAAUCCAAAAAGCGACUUCAAUCGUCGUAAUACAAGAAACCUGCCCGUAACAUUACUGCAACAGGAACUUACAAUUUUUAUAUUCUUAUCGUUCAAAUUGCAUAGGAAUUUUUGCUGUCUUUCAAAAGUGUGGCUACAGUUUUUCUCAGAAAAGAAAAUAUGUACGUACGUGAAUUACAAAUGUAACAAAUGCUGUACGUGGGCGUACAAUACGUGUUAAGAGCUUGUUAUUAUAUUUUUUUUUUUUUUAGCGUAAACGAAACAUCGACAACAUUUUCAAAAAUCUCGCGCAGGAACUGCUAAUCAUUAUUACCUAUUUUUUAUCGUUAUCACGCCGGACUGAUUGUGUGUUGGACAAAUAUGAAAUAGCGUGAAAAGCCGGACAUGCAAUAACUUUUAUACCGCACUCUAGGAAAGUGAGACAAAUAGUCGCUCAGAGUAAUUAUGGAAGAUUCCACAGAGGCACAAAAGUGGCAGCAACAUUUAUCUCUAUUGCGAGAGCAGUACGUUAAUUUAUAUAAUACAAACACAGAACUUCAACGCGAGUAUGCUAUUGUGACUGCUAAUAAACAAGAUACUGGAUUUAUUGGUAGACUUUUGACGACUAUUGCAUCCUUAUAUAGUCAACAUCGUUAUAGCGAUGUGAUUAUCAAAUUGAAAGAUCAAGAUAUACCAGCACAUAAAUUCGUAUUAUCUGCCAGAACAGAUUUUUUCAGUGAUUCAGUACUGUCCGAAGUCACUAUUUUAGAUUGGUCUUGCUUGGAGUCUAAUGUUGGAUUAGUGUUAUUGAAAUGGAUAUACACAGGAAAGGUGUCUCAAGAAAAUUUAACAUUAGAUUUAAUGAAAGCAGCAUCUAAUUUUCAGCUGAUGGAAUUAGUCGAGCAGUGUGAAAAAUAUUUAAUUGGAAUUGUAGGACUCAAAGAUUGUGUGCAAUUAUACGCAGCUGCUGAGGAGUUGGGUACAUUGAAAUUGAAAGAGCAUUGUAGCUCUUUGAUUUCAGCACAUUGGGAAGAUUUAACAGGAGAAGACUUUAAGGAAAUGCCUGGCUCUCUGUUAUACAAAUUAUUACAGACUAAAAGUAGAUAUCCAUUACAUGCUGCUGUUCGACUAAUGAGGGAAGAUGUGGUUUUUUUAUAUUUAGUGGAAAACAAUUCAGAGUUAACGAAAGCUGUUAAUGCCUUGGAUUACAAAGGAGAAAUGCCCUUGGAAGUUGCGUUAAAAACUCGUCAACCAUCGUUAGCCCGUACUUUAGUCGAACACGGGGCGGACUUAAGCGCCAAGGAUUCAAGAGGUCUUUCCUUGCUCCAAGCUGCUAUUUUCAAAGGGGAUUCCUACGCGGCUGAUUUCAUAAUAGAACAACUGGAGAAUAAUGGAAAUACAAAAGAGUUGUGCGAGACUAUGAAACCUGCUGUGAAUGCGAGAGAUAUAAAAAAUCUUGAAGAACUUGAGGGAUGUACCGCGUUGCAUUUGAUAACGAAACAUAAUUCAGAAAAUAUGUUAGCAGUUGCAUCCAGAUUACUUCAAGCUGGCAUUGACCCUAAUUUACAAAAUCACAGAGGAUGGACUGCCUUACACAAUUGUAUUCAGGAGAGAAACGAACCACUUUUUCAUAUUUUACUAGAAUGUCAGGAUAUAGAUUUGAACAAAGUCACCAAUGAAAAUGACACUCCAUUAUGUAUUGCGAUGAAAACAAAUCCAUUUAACGAAUUUUUUGCUAAGAAACUACUAGCUAAAGGCGCAAUUGUAAAUCCUGUACACAAGAAUACAGGAGAUACUUUACUACACAUUUUGAUAAGGGAAUAUAAAGAAGAAGCUGCUUUAUUUUUAAUCAAUUAUUGUAAAGAUAACUUAAUGCAAAAGAAUAAUGAAGGAUACUCGGUUUUACAUGAAGCUUGUAAAGUUGGUUCAAAGAAUUUAACACGAGCUUUAUUGAAAACUGGCUUCCCAGUCGACGAAGUUGCAUUGUCUACUGGUGAUGCACCAAUACAUAUUGCUGUUUCAAAUUUGUAUUUUGAUAUCGUAAUGGAAUUAUUAGACGCAGCUAAUUCAAACACCCAAUUGAAUUUAAAAAACAACGCGAACGAGACUCCUUUAAGUUUGGCUAUUAAAGCACCGUUCAAAAAGGGCAAAGACAUAGUUUUAGCUUUAAUAAAGGCUGGAGCAAAUAUUAAUCAAUGCAAUAAUGAAGGUUUAACGUUGUUGCAUCAAGCAAUAUUAAAAGAAGAUUCGGCGACAGCGAUCUUUUUAUUAGAAAAUGGUGCCGACAUGAAUACUAGAACGGCAAACGGAGAAACUCCGCUACAACUUUCCGUACACUGUAGACUAGGUGAAGUUGUAGAGGCGCUUUGUAAAAGAGGCGCAGAUACUUCUGUAGGAUGUCCAUUGUGGGAUGCACUGGAUUCAGAUCAAGAGGAUGUAGCGUCUAUUCUAGUUAAAUAUGGAGCAGACACUGAUUGUUGGGGUCCUGGUCCAGAUGAUUGCCAACAAACACUAUUACACAGAGCAAUUGAUCACAACAAAGAAGAUAUCGCACAAUUCCUUAUAAGAAGUGGCUGUGAUUUAAACGCACCUAGAAGACCUGGUCCAGAUGGUGUUGGAGGCGAUGAAUCAAGAGAUGAGUGUACUCCACUACAUUUAUGUUGUCAGUGGGGUUUAGAACAAGUUGUACAAACACUCAUUGAACAUGGUGCUGACGUAAAUGCUAGAGAUGUCGAGGGCAAAACUCCGGUUCACGUAGCCAUACAAAAUCAACAUUCACAAAUUAUUUCUCUGUUGCUUUGUCAUCCUAGCAUUGAUUUAAAUAAACGUGAUAAGAAAGGUUUAACGCCUUUUGCAACAGCUCUAACAUUUCGGAAUAACAAAGCUGCUCAAGCUAUACUGGAACGCCUACCUAAAGCUGCUGAACAGUAUGACAAUAAAGGCAGAAACUUCUUACAUACUGCUAUUCAAAAGAAUGAUAUGGAAAACAUAUUAUUUCUAUUGUCUAUACAAGUAGAUGUAAAUUCUAGAGUUCAUGAUGUUACACAAACUCCACCUUUACAUCUUGCUGCAAUUUCUGGAAAUGAAAUGUUGGUGAGAAGUUUAAUAUUGGCUGGUGCACGUGUUAACGAUACAGAUGCAAACAGAAAUACUGCAUUGCAUGCUGCUGCUAAAGCUGGUCAUGCAGCAAUUGUAUCUGCUUUAUUGCAGAACAAUAUUAAUUUUGAUGCAGUAAAUGCAGAUGGUGACAAUGCAUUGCAUGUAGCUGUAAGAGAAGGUCAUGUAUCAGUGGUAAGAACACUUUUGACUGAAUGUACAUUGGAUGCAGAAGCUGUAAAUCUUAAAGGAAGAAAUCCUUUACACGAAUUAGCUAGGUGCGGAAAAGAUAAUGCUGCAAAUAUAUGUGAACUUUUUUUGGAAUGUAUGUCACAAUAUCCAGUGAACAAUGCAGAUUUGGAUGGUAAUACUCCAUUACUGAUAGCUUAUAUGAAAGGAAAUGGCCAACUUUGUCGUACUUUGGUAAAAGCUGGUGCAUGCUUAGGUUCUAUGAAUAAAGAAGGGAUUACAAUUUUCAAUUAUCAAGUAGCAACAAAACAAUUAUUAUAUAGAUUACUAGAUUCCUUGACACAAGAAGCACCAUGGGCAGAUAAAGAUCUUUGUCUGGAAUGUGGUACAAAAUUUUCACUCACAAUGCGAAAACAUCACUGCCGCCAUUGUGGUCGAAUUUUGUGCAAUAAAUGUUCAGAUCAAGAUGUUCCAAUUGUAAAAUUUGGACAAAAUAAACCUGUGCGCGUUUGUGCAGUAUGUUUUGACGUAUUGCAACUAGGUGCUGAAUGAACAAAACGUUAAAUAAGGAAAAAUACAUAUUCAUGUGUAAAUAAAAUAAAUAUCAUUUCACAUGCAUUUUUCAUAAAAAAAAGUAUACCAAAAAUUUAUAUCAUUUUAUGUAAACCACAAUAUUUUACUAUAUUAUAAUUAUUCUUGUUGAAACUUUGUUAAAUUUAUAUAGGUACUAAAUUUUAAAUACAGAUGACAGGAGCAUUGACAAAAGUUAAUAUUUACUGAUAUAUUAGCAUUUAUUCCUAGCAUUACUUAUUCAUCUACAAUGCAUUGACUUAAUUUGUAACAUGUUUUAUAAUAAAGAUCAUACAUUUUUAAAUAACAAUCUUAUUUUAACUUAUUGAAAAGUGUUUUUGCUACGCAAUGGUCUACACAUUCUACAUAAUCAAUUAAUUCUUCCAUACAAGUUUCUUCUGUUUGACUUCUUGAAUUUACACGUUGGUUACAGGUAUCCAGUUUCUCUUGCAAAGCACAACAUUUCUGUUGUUUCGAACAUUUGUCACGGAGUACUGUUUGAGGAUCAAUCAAUUCUUCUUCCUCUUCUUCUGCUUUUACAGUCGGCGUGUAACGUUGAAGAAAGCUUUGUAAGAAAGACAUAUUUUUCAAAGGUAAAUUUUGUUUCAACUGCACACGGCUAUUGUGAAUUAACUUUGAACAUGCGCGAAUUUUCCAACUUGUUAUAUAGCAUUUAACAGAUAGAAAACAUUGGCCUAAAUCGCAUGUCUUCCAGAUGGA